AUGAGGAACAAAAAGAGCGAGUAUCUCUUGAUCGAUCUUGACAGCAUCGACAACAAGGAGAUAGCCCGUGCAGUACUACCGCGAACAGAAAGAGACUACAAGGAGGCCUUGAAUCUAUUUGACAUUUUCAUCGAGUUACACCCUACAUCUCAAAAUCCGCCGAACCUUCAAACAAGCAAAGGGUUCCUGCUCUGGAUAGCCCUGAACAAACACGGUCGCAUCGAAGAGAAGCCCACUUUGGAAACGCUGCAGGGGUUCCGUCGAGACUUCCAGGCGGGAAUGCGGAAAUUCAGAGAUUUUAUCUUCACCACAGAGCAUUCCGCCACACUCAAAGAGUAUAUCAGUGGAGAUCUGAAGCCUUACCUAUCCACCGCCGAGAUGAAAAAGAAUGCAUUUUCCCCAAACGAUCUGAUGAUAGUAAUGACACAACUCUGGUGUCGAGAUUCGCUUGAAUAUCGUGGAUAUCCCCCGGAUCGAUCCCGGGUCCAGCUUAGUGCUGCGAUGCUACUCUAUUGCUUUACCUCCGCAAGAACAGGGGAGGUCCACGAGUCGACUGCACGACGGAGGUCGGCAAGACAGCGUGAUGAAGAAGAUUUGGACAAGAUACUUGAAGCCCGCACUAUGGCUGCCUGUUACAAGCACUUCACACUCACCAUCGAGGUUGUGGAUAAAGAGCCAAUGCUCGUGUUGACCUACGAAAGAGAGUUUGUCAAGGGCUACCACAGGAAGAAUGAGUGGCAAAUUCCUAUCCAUGCCUUUUACGAAUCAUACACAGAGCAUAUGCCUCUAAUGUUGAACCUUCUCACAUUCUUUUUACCUUUGGCAAUGGCAGAUAAAGCAAUCGAGGAUUAUUCAUCUGUCGAUGCGCUUCUGGAUGCAGCGAGUGCCUAUGGAACAGUUCCCACACAGAACAAUGUACUGGAGGUAAUACGGUUCAAAAAAGAUGUGCUUGACACGCCCGUCUUCCGCCAAUAUACGGACUUGGGAGUUGCGAAAAGUGCCAGUAGAGCCCGGGGAGCGGAUUCCUUUGGUAAGAGCAUUGUAGCCUUAGGCUACCGUAGCGGAUACAGGCAAAACAUUACUAUUCGGGGCUGCCGGAGAUGGGCACUCAUGGAAGCAGACAAGAAACAUACCGAGACAGCAAGAAUGAAAUUCGGUGGCCAGAUGAAACGAGAGACGUUUGGAAGAUCAUACGCCCAUCCCCUGAGCGAGAUCGAUGGGCCUGCCAACUUUCUUGGAAUUGCAAGCCGCGAAGAGCACAUUAGGAAUCGGCGCGGCAUGGGAAUAUACCAAAGCUUUGAUGCCUUCCAAUAUCUACCCGCAAAAGAACAAUUUGAGUUCGAAAACAGGGAAGACAUUCGAGAAUUGGACAGUGAGCUGUGGGAUCUUACCGACCGCUCGUCAGCUCUCUCCGAUGUGCAAGACAGAAAAGAGAUACAGAAGCGCCAGAGGUCUGUCUACGACAGAAAGAAACGACUUUAUAGAAGAGCAGUCAAUCAAAUGCGCGAGAACAGUAAGAAAGAAUCGACUACCAGCAAUACCAGGACAGAGACUCUCUUCCACUACCGCCGCCGCGUUAUGCCCGAUAGAGACAUUCUUGCUAGUCUUCUUCCGAGAAAGGUUUUGUUGCGUGACAGUGAUGGUCGCCAGGCACUGCAAGCGCUCCAGUCAAUAUGUUCAAAGAACUCGCCAAUUGCCUAUCGCGACUCCCUUAGGCCCUUGGAAGGAAAAUGUCGUUGUGGAGCCGAAAUCAAUGAGUGA